AAAGAACUUUACUAUUUGUUUCUUAAAAAUCAGUUAAGCCAGGGGAUGAAAUGAGAUAAGAUGCGAUGCUUAGUUUACAGUGUCCAUCUCCUUUCUUCUUCUCCGGCCAAAAUCGGAGCUCCAAUUUCUUCUGCUCAACUUCUCCGUCUCGUGCAGCCGCCGAAUCCUCUGCUUCUCCUUCAACGCUAAUCUCUCGCCGCCUUAUCCUUCUCCGUCACGCUCACAGUUCCUGGGAACAUCUUUCCCUCAGAGACCAUGAUCGUCCUUUAACUAAAGCCGGGCAAGCCGAUGCUGCCAAAGUUGCUCAAAUCCUCUCCACACUUGGUUGGCUUCCCCAACUGAUUCUCUCAAGUGACGCGACUCGCACUAGGGAGACACUCAAGUCAAUGCAGGCGCAAGUAGAUGGCUUUAUGGAGGCAAAUGUAAAUUUCGUCCCCAGCUUUUACUCCAUUGCUGCUAUGGAUGGCCAAACCGCCGAUCAUCUUCAACAGAUUAUCACCAAAUAUUCAACCCCUGACAUCACCACUAUCAUGUGUAUGGGGCAUAAUAAAGGUUGGGAAGAAGCAGCCUCCAUGCUCUCUGGAGCUUCUGUUAAGUUGAAAACUUGUAAUGCUGCUUUGCUUCAGGCUUUUGGCAACUCCUGGGAAGAAGCUUUUGCACUGGCUGGACCUGGUGGAUGGAAACUUGAAGGUGUAGUGGCUCCAGAUAGUAGCAUCUGUGUGUAAGAGACUGGAACUAUCAAAAGCUUCAAGUUUCCCUUUUUUUUCAAAUGGUUGCUACUUCUUCACACUUGCAACUUCUGCUAUGUUGUCUUACAACUUCUUAGCUGUUACAAAAUAUGUAAAAAGUGGGGAUCUUAGAUGUGUAUUUUGCCUUAUGUAAGAUCUCAGCAUCAGGGAUAUUUUCAAAUGCAAUCAUAAUAUUUGAAUAAAGUGGGAAUUUUGCAUUUUACUUAAAA